AUGGCUAGAUUUGAAGUUCUCGCAUUCCUGCACUAUUCAUUCUCUGGCUCCAACUAUUCCAGUCCGUCGUUGGCUCCAGUCCCCAGUCUGAAUGAGGAUGAGCGUGUGGGGGGCGGGGGUGGGGUGCUGGGUCUUGCACCUGAACACAUUCCCACCCCUGGCGCCCCCAUCAGCUGGCAGGCAGCCAUCGACGCGGCACGGCAGGCCAAGCUGAUGGGCACCACUGGAGCCCCGAUUUCCACUGCGAGCUCCACGCAGCGCAAACGCCAGCACUACACCAAACCCAAGAAACAGGCCAGCACUGCCUCCACGCGCCCACCCCGAGCCCUUCUCUGCCUAACUCUUAAAAACCCCAUCCGCAGGGCGUGCAUCAGUAUCGUGGAAUGGAAACCGUUUGAAAUCAUAAUUUUGAUGACUAUUUUUGCAAACUGUGUGGCCUUAGCUGUCUACAUCCCUUUCCCCGAGGACGAUUCCAACGCAACCAACUCAAACCUGGAACGGGUGGAGUAUCUCUUUCUGAUCAUUUUUACAGUGGAAGCAUUUCUGAAAGUUAUUGCGUACGGGCUGCUGUGUCACCCUAAUGCGUACCUGCGGAACGGCUGGAACUUGUUGGAUUUCAUCAUCGUGGUGGUUGGGCUCUUCAGUGCAAUAUUAGAGCAGGCCACUAAAGGGGAUGGUGGGACUUCAAUGGGAGGCAAGGCUGCAGGGUUUGAUGUAAAAGCCCUGCGAGCCUUUAGAGUGUUGAGACCUCUGAGACUCGUAUCUGGAGUACCUAGUUUACAGGUGGUGCUGAACUCCAUCAUUAAAGCCAUGGUUCCCCUCCUGCACAUCGCUCUGCUCGUUCUGUUCGUCAUCAUCAUUUAUGCCAUCAUUGGCCUCGAGCUCUUCAUGGGCAAGAUGCACAGAACCUGUUUUUUCUUCAAAGAUGGACACAAAGGUCCUAUAUCUGAAUUGAAGCCGGCCCCCUGCGCCCCAAACUCUGCCCAUGGACGACAUUGCACCCCGGCCAACAUAACACAGUGCAUGAUGGGAUGGGAGGGCCCAAAUGAUGGAAUCACGAAUUUUGAUAACUUUGCAUUUGCCAUGCUGACUGUGUUUCAGUGCAUCACGAUGGAGGGCUGGACUGACGUCCUUUACUGGAUGCAGGAUGCCAUGGGUUAUGAGCUUCCGUGGGUCUAUUUUGUCAGUCUGGUCAUCUUUGGAUCCUUUUUCGUUCUAAAUCUGGUUCUGGGUGUGUUGAGCGGAGAGUUCUCUAAAGAGCGAGAAAAGGCCAAAGCUCGCGGCGAUUUCCAGAAGCUCCGUGAGAAGCAGCAGCUGGAGGAAGAUCUAAAGGGCUACCUGGACUGGAUCACGCAGGCAGAGGAUAUCGACCCUGAGAACGACGACGAGGGACUGGACGACGACAAGCCUAGAAAUCGUAAUAUGCCGGCCAGUGAAAAUGAGUCAGUGAACACUGAUAAUGCUCCAGCUGGAGACAUGGAGGGAGAGACCUGCUGUACUCGCAUGGCAAAUAGGAUCUCCAAAUCCAAAUUCAGUCGAUAUUCACGCCGAUGGAAUCGGUUAUGUCGGCGCACGUGCCGUGCAGCAGUGAAGUCAAAUGUGUUCUACUGGCUGGUGAUUUUCCUGGUAUUUUUGAACACACUUACCAUUGCCUCUGAGCACCACCAGCAGCCAGAAUGGCUCACCAAUGUGCAAGAAAUCGCCAAUAAGGUGUUGCUGGCUCUUUUUACUGGUGAGAUGCUGCUGAAGAUGUACAGCCUGGGCCUACAGGCCUAUUUCGUCUCCCUUUUUAACCGCUUUGACAGUUUUGUGGUGUGCGGUGGAAUUCUGGAGACUAUCUUGGUGGAAAUCAAGAUCAUGUCACCCCUCGGCAUCUCUGUGCUGCGCUGUGUGCGUCUGCUCCGCAUCUUCAAGAUCACCAGGUACUGGAACUCUCUCAGUAAUCUGGUGGCAUCUCUGCUGAACUCGGUGCGUUCUAUCGCAUCCCUGCUUCUGCUGCUCUUCCUGUUCAUCAUCAUCUUCAGUCUGCUCGGAAUGCAGCUCUUUGGUGGCAAGUUCAACUUUGAUGAGACGCGCCGCAGCACCUUCGAUAACUUCCCCCAGUCUCUCCUCACCGUCUUUCAGAUUUUGACCGGAGAGGACUGGAACUCUGUGAUGUAUGAUGGGAUCAUGGCGUACGGUGGACCCUCCUUUCCUGGCAUGCUUGUCUGCAUUUAUUUCAUCAUCCUCUUCAUCUGUGGAAACUACAUCCUCCUGAAUGUCUUCUUGGCCAUUGCCGUGGACAAUCUGGCAGACGCCGAGAGUCUGACAUCAGCGCAGAAAGAGGAAGAGGAGGAGAAAGAGAGGAAGAAGCUGGCCAGAACGGCCAGUCCCGAGAAGCGUCAGGACUCUGAGAAACCACCUCUGGAGGAUGAAAAGAAAGAGGAAAAGAUUGAACUAAAAUCCAUCACUUCUGAUGGAGAGACGCCAACUGCCAAUAAGAUCAACAUAGAUGAGUACACAGGGGAGGAGAAUGAGGAGAAGAAUCCAUAUCCUGUGAACGAUUUCCCAGCAGGAGAGGAGGAUGAUGAGGAGCCAGAGAUGCCAGUAGGUCCUCGUCCACGUCCACUCUCCGACAUUCAGCUGAAGGAGAAAGCUGUCCCCAUGCCAGAAGCCAAAGCUUUCUUUAUUUUCAGCGCCACUAACAAGUUCAGGGUUUUGUGUCAUAAGAUUGUAAACCACAACAUCUUCACCAAUUUAAUCCUGUUCUUUAUACUGCUGAGCAGUAUUUCACUGGCAGCGGAGGACCCAGUGAAUAAUGACUCAUUCAGGAAUCAGAUUCUAGGCUAUGCAGAUUAUGUGUUUACAGGAAUCUUCACCAUAGAGAUCAUAUUAAAGAUGACAGCGUAUGGAGCAUUCCUACAUAAGGGUUCAUUUUGUCGGAAUUAUUUUAAUUAGCCGUUCUGAUUGGUGGUGCCAAACUGUGCUGUGAUUCACAGGUCAAGUGCCAUUAAUGUAGUGAAGAUUCUCAGAGUGCUGAGGGUGUUGAGGCCCCUGAGAGCAAUCAACAGAGCCAAGGGCCUCAAACAUGUGGUCCAGUGUGUGUUUGUAGCCAUCCGUACCAUCGGGAACAUCGUCAUCGUCACCACUUUGCUGCAGUUCAUGUUUGCCUGUAUUGGUGUUCAACUUUUCAAGGGCAAAUUCUCCUACUGCACAGACACCUCUAAACAGACACAGACCGAAUGCCGGGGGUCCUAUAUAUUAUACAAACACGGGAAUGUUGGGAAGCCAGAGAAAGCACAGCGUUCAUGGGAGAACAGUGACUUCAACUUUGAUGAUGUCCUGCAGGGCAUGAUGGCUCUGUUUGCCGUGUCCACUUUUGAGGGUUGGCCAGGGCUCCUCUACAGAGCCAUCGACUCCCAUGCAGAGGAUGUUGGCCCAAUCUACAACUACCGUGUGAUCAUCUCUAUAUUCUUCAUCAUCUACAUCAUCAUCAUCGCCUUCUUCAUGAUGAACAUAUUCGUAGGUUUCGUCAUUGUGACAUUUCAGGAGCUGCUGUCUCCUCCAACUCUUCAUUUCCUGUUCCGACGUUUCCGUCCAGCUUAUUUUGUUGAUGCAUGGAACACAUUUGAUGCCCUUAUUGUAGUGGGUAGUGUUGUUGAUAUAGCCAUCACAGAGGUUAACCCAGCUGACCCCACCUCCUCUCCCCCCUCCUCUGUGGUAAGACCAAUGGGCCUCCAAAACACUGAAGAUAACGCCAGGAUUUCAAUCACAUUCUUUCGGCUGUUCCGCGUGAUGAGGCUGGUGAAGCUUCUGUCUCGGGGAGAGGGCAUUCGGACGCUGCUCUGGACCUUCAUUAAAUCCUUUCAGGCUCUUCCCUAUGUUGCUUUGCUGAUCGUAAUGCUGUUCUUCAUCUACGCCGUCAUUGGGAUGCAGAUGUUUGGUAAGAUUGCCCUGAGGGACCACAGCCAGAUCAACCGAAACAACAACUUUCAGACGUUUCCUCAGGCUGUUCUGCUGCUCUUCAGGUGUGCAACAGGGGAGGCAUGGCAGGAAAUCAUGCUGGCCUGUUCCCCGAACCGCCCAUGUGAGAAGGGGUCAGAGGUCGGCCAUUCCAGUGAAGACUGUGGCAGCCACUUUGCCAUCUUCUACUUUGUUAGCUUUUAUAUGCUUUGCGCCUUCCUGAUCAUUAACCUCUUUGUGGCCGUCAUCAUGGACAACUUUGACUAUUUAACACGUGAUUGGUCGAUAUUGGGGCCGCAUCACCUAGAUGAGUUUAAGAGGAUAUGGGCAGAAUACGAUCCUGAGGCCAAGGGUCGGAUAAAACACCUGGAUGUGGUGACGUUACUCCGCAGGAUUCAGCCUCCCCUUGGAUUUGGAAAGCUUUGUCCACAUAGAGUGGCAUGCAAGCGGCUUGUGUCCAUGAACAUGCCUCUCAAUAGUGACGGGACGGUGAUGUUCAACGCAACUCUCUUUGCUCUAGUACGAACGGCUCUACGCAUCAAAACUGAAGGUAACUUGGAGCAAGCAAAUGAGGAACUCAGAGCCAUCGUGAAGAAGAUCUGGAAGAGGACGAGCAUGAAGCUGCUGGAUCAAGUUGUUCCCCCAGCUGGAGAUGAUGAAGUAACCGUUGGGAAGUUCUAUGCCACAUUCCUGAUUCAGGAAUACUUCAGGAAAUUUAAGAAGCGCAAGGAACAGGGCCUGGUGGCCAAAAUUCCCCCAAAGACUGCUCUUUCACUGCAGGCUGGCCUGCGCACACUGCAUGAUAUUGGUCCUGAGAUCAGAAGAGCGAUAUCAGGAGACCUGACUGUGGAGGAGGAGCUGGAGAGAGCCAUGAAGGAAACCGUGUGUGCUGCUUCUGAGGAUGAUAUCUUCAGGGUAAAGCGGUCUGGCGGCCUCUUCGGUAACCACGUCAACUACUACCACCAGAGUGAUGGCCACGCCUCCUUCCCACAGUCCUUCACAACACAGCGGCCAUUGCACAUCAGUAAAUCCGUGAGUCCCGGCGAGGCAGAAUCUCCCUCUCAUCAGAAGCUCGUUGACUCCACCUUCACUCCGAGCAGUUACUCUUCCUCAGGAUCCAACGCAAACAUCAACAACGCCAACAACACAGCCAUCGGACACCGGUACCCCAAACCUACCGUCAGCACAGUGGAUGGACACACGGGGCCGCCCCUCACCACUGUCCCACUACCACGGCCCACAUGGUGCUUUCCUAACAAGAGGAGCUGUUUCUAUGACACUUUCAUGCGCUCUGAUUCCAGUGACAGUCGUCUCCCUAUAAUACGGCGAGAGGAAGCAUCUACAGAUGAGACGUACGAUGAAACAUUUCUAGAUGAGAGAGAUCAGACCAUGCUCUCAAUGGACAUGCUGGAAUUUCAGGAUGAAGAGAGCAAGCAAUUGGCUCCAAUGGUGGAGGCAGAGGUAGGGGAAGAGAGGAGGCCGUGGCAGUCUCCACGAAGACGGGCAUUUCUCUGCCCCACUGCACUGGGUCGACGGUCUUCCUUUCACUUAGAGUGUUUGAGAAAACAUAACAGACCUGAUGUUUCUCAGAAAACAGCACUACCACUGCACCUAGUGCAUCAUCAGGCUUUGGCUGUGGCAGGUUUGAGUCCCUUGCUGAGACGGAGUCAUUCUCCGACGCUGUUCACGCGUCUGUGCUCCACACCUCCUGCGAGUCCCAGCGGCCGCGGCGGGGGAGGGCCGUGCUACCAGCCCGUUCCGUCUCUGCGGCUGGAGGGCAGCGGAUCUUACGAGAAACUCAACAGCAGCAUGCCGUCUGUGAACUGCAGCUCGUGGUACAGUGACAGUAACGGCAAUAACAGCAGGAGUGUGCAGAGGACGCAGCGACCCGUGUCCCUCACGGUUCCUCCGGUCACACGCAGAAACUCCACAUCCCUGUCACACGGGAGCGCCGGCAGCCUCGUGGAGGCCGUGUUGAUAUCCGAGGGUUUGGGUCGCUAUGCACAGGAUCCUUCCUUCAUCCAGGUAGCGAAGCAGGAACUAGCGGAUGCCUGCGACAUGACAAUGGAGGAGAUGGAGAACGCUGCCGACAACAUUCUCAACGCCAACGCGCCGCCCAACGCCAACGGAAACCUGCUACCCUUCAUGCAGUGCAGAGACACUGGCUUGCAGGAGUCCCGUUGCAGCCACGCGCUGGGCCUCUCGACCGCCACGGGCUCCGACGAGCUGCUGGGGGCGGAGCUAGAGCGCUCCGAGGUGGAGGGGCAGCGGAACAGCACUCUGAAGGAGGAUGAGGACAUGGAGUGCGUGACCAGUUUGUAGGGGGAACAGCAGCAGCAACGGAGGACUUCCUGUGUCUUAGCCCAGCUCUCUCUGAGGACACUGCUGUCCUGCAGUCUGACCCGUCUGUUGCGUGUACCUACCGUAGGGGUAUAAGGCCAUUCUGCUUAGCUGAGACCAAGUUGGUUUUUAGUUUGUCCGUGUUUGCAAGAGCACGAGCGAGUAGGCGUGUGUACAUGUUUGUGUGUGUUUCUAAAGUGCCUCACAGUUCUCACAACCUUGAUUGCAGUAAGGAAACGAAACCCUGACCGAGCAGGGAAUGAAGGGAAAAGAUGCACUGUUGUUGCUCAGGCAGUGGGAGUUUGCGCUGACCCGUGUGUGGCGGUAGGACUCGAAAGCCGCAGCAUCGGCGUGGACGCUCGGUGCCGAGCAGGUGGAUCUUGAGGGCCGUGUUGGGAAUUUGCCGCCCGGGGGCCGUCACGGGUUCGAGAGAUGUUCAGAGGGACACAUUGGAGCGGCUCUCUUUCCUUUCCAUCCAUCCGUUCUUCAGAAGUGUCGUCUGCAAGCGCCCUCACGUCAUACUUCUCCUUUACGGCUUUCUUUUGUGUUCAGUUGAUGAUUUGAUUUCUCUAGUUAAGCCUGCACAUAGCUUUUCCUUUUAUCAGCGGAAGACUGAACUCUCUGAAUUGCUCUCUUUCUUGUGUACCGUUACGGCUUUCAGGGAACUGCUCGCUGUGCAAGGUACAGGUCAUUGCAUCAGUGGCCUUUUAUUCCAGAUCUGCUUCAGGUUUUAUUUCCUUUUUUAUUUUCCAGCAUUUAGUGUUUAUGUUGUUUGCACACAGAUGGAUGCUGUUUUUUUUCUUAAAUUAUUAUUAUUAUUAUUAUUGAAGGCGUUUAAGAUGUUUAUGCCAGAUGCAGUGUUGUGAAUCUAAUGCCUCUUACAGACACACAAAAACAAUUAUUUAUUUAUUUAUUCCUGUCAGAGGUGAAGGGGGUUCGGUCUCUCUCACAAUGUUUAUUGGUAGCUCACAAGCUGUAAAUGAGCAGUGUCACUCACCUGGGCGCAGGUAGCACUGACAGCUCUCAUGGCUGCUGUUGGGUCGGACUCACAUUUGCUCUGAAACUACUGACGUUUCUACACUGCUGAUCUCCAGAAACAUUCAGCCAACAGCUGCGAUUCUGUCAUGAUCCCACCUGCUCGACACGGAACAGCAGAUCUUCGGAAGGUCAGUAAAGGUGCACUUUGAGGAGAGGAAGGGUGGAGUAUUCAGGGAUGUCUGGGUAGCGCAUCAUUAAAAAAAAACUCUAAUGUAGUUCACACAGGGCUAAAUAUAUGACCAUCAUUAUGAAAGUACCAACAUCAGCAGUGUCAUCAUCAUACAAUUAUUGAUCUAUUAUUAUUAUUAUUAUCGUUAAGGAUAUUUUUCUGCUGCGUUUCACCGUUUCCAUGCAGUUCGGCAGACACAGAGAACUACUUACGAUCUAUUAUGCAAAUAAGGUGUUGAAGCGUUAGCAUUGUGUUGGUAAUGUGUCGACGGGAUGGAGUGCGACCCCUAAACACAUGAGAAACCUGACCAAUCCACUUCCAGGCGUCUCUCUGUUUGUGCCACACUAGACCGGGUUAGAAGUUCUGUCACCGUUUUGCACACUACUUCAGACGAUACGAAUUUCUCUUUCCAUGUAUGAACAGAUAAUUGACUAUUUUUUUCUAGCUGACUCUUCACUUUCUAUAGAGCGUCCUGGCGUUUGGUUCCAGGCCUCGAACAUUGCAUUCGAUCUGAAGUCUCCAGUCCUGUGCCAUUUUUUUAUUUUUUUUUUGAUUGAUUGAUUGAUUGAUUGAGUUCCUGAAUGUUUACAGGAGGUCUCUGCUCUGAGGAUGAUGCAAAGCUUGUGAAAAAACGUGACAAAUGUAGCCAGAACCCACCUGCUCUGUUCCAAAGCCGCCACCACACCCUCAUAUCACCUACACACACGUGCCAUGUGUCAUUGUGAGGCUGCCCCAGGCAUAUUUCGAGGCCUUGGUUGUGUACGUGUUUCUCCGUGUUUAGCAUAUGCAGAGUGCGAGCGCGUUUGUGUGGUGUUCGUGUUAGUAUAUGCAGGAUGAGUGCGUGAGUGCAUGCGUAUGUGCUUGCAUACCACAAGAUAUGCAAAAACAAUGCAAUAACUUUGACUGUACAACAGUUUCCUUCAGAACUACAGCUGUACAAAAAUCUAAGAUACAGAGAGAUAUAUAUUCACUGUUGUGUAUUAAGUUACAAAACUUUAAAUUGAAGAAACCUGUCAUACUUGAAAUCGGGUGCAUUUGAGUAUUGAGUAUUUUGAAAUAAUCUUGUGCAGGUCAGUUUGGUUCGAUGUUUUUCUUCUGUUGGUUUCAAUUAUCUCUGCAUGAGGAUUCUUUUGGUGUGCCAAGCGUUUUGAGUAAUUAUUUUUUUGUUGUUUUCAUUUUUAAACAUUGAGGAAACACUGAUGACGAGGAGCGAAGGUGUAAAUACAGACGGAGGAGAGAAGCGGCUCGUUGGUGUGAAAAUGAUUUUGCAUAUCUUGUGCUCAGCUGAAAGGUGCAUGAUACGCAAGAGCAGCUCUCUCUCUUUCACUCUCGCUUUUUCCCCCUUUAUCUUUUCAUUCGCUCACCCUCCUUGUCCUUUCUUCAGCAGACAUCACAGUGAAGGCUUUUUUUUACGGCACCCGUGCGCCGGUGAACAGUUGGUCAUGCACGUUAAUUCUCGCUAUUAUUUGAGGCUGCAAGCGGAAACAUUAGAAAUCCCCUUUCAUUUCUCAAAUCUCAUGGACAAUCUGCGUUCGGUGAGGAGAUUUAGGUUGGAAAUAAUGGAUUUGGAUGCUAAGCUUGAAUUUUUGCAUGGAGUCUAAAGAAUCGAGCUAAGACGGAGUCCUCCUCUCCCUUCAUUAGCCAAUGAUUGUAUAUUUUUAUAGACUUAUAGAAAAGAAUUAACACAUGAGAAGAGACCAUAUAAACUCAUCUAUAUCUGCUGAAUGUCAGGGUUAAAAUGGCUACACACAACCGUGUUUGAGAAUGUAUGUAGUGACUACGUAUAGAUAGAAAUUAAAUGAUAGAGAAAUAUAGAGUAAAUCAUUCAUAUUCACCGCAGUAGCUCCUUUCGAAACUCCGCUCGUACGGCCUGUUUUUAAGCAGGAUGGUUGGGUGUUUUUGCUGAGGGAGGAGUGUAAUGAGAUUAAUCAUGUGAUUUUGAAUCCGAGGGCUUUUUCACAGCUGCUUUAUUCAGAUCAACACAUCAAGUUCCCCUCUGAGCACCUGCACAUGAUAGAACAGUGUGGAAAAGCCACGAGCUUUCAUGACACAAAAGCAGCGCCUGUGUUGAAUGAAACCGCUAAUGAAUGAACACAGAGAGCUGUCUGCUUAGGCCUUGGGGAAAUGUACCAAAUAUUUGACUGAAUAUUUUAUUAGUUGCUCAGUGAGGUUUUUGCCCAAAUGGUUGUAAUGUAGCUUUUCUUCUCUCAGAGAAUCAGAAGUUAUUUUCUAUAUUUUAAUAUAUGAGAACUAUUUAUCAGAUGGAAGUUGAGAUAUUUCGCACUGGUUGGAGGGAAUGUUGGUGAUGUAACGGAUGACAUUUCAGCAGGGCAAGUGUAGGUUGCUCUCCUGAUGGACUUUGAUUGAUUGUGGCUUGUAUUUCGGUUUGCCAUCUGUAGCAGCAGCGUGCACAAGUUUCCCCAAUAAAAAAAAGAAUAUAUUUGAUGCAUUUAAAUGCAUAUAAUGCUGAACAUUUUUGGAAAUAUAAACCCCUGAGAAAAAAGUAAACUAUCUAUAGCAAAUGAGCAGCAUUGUUACAACCAUUAAAGUUCACAACACAUUAAACCGCACUGUUUUUUUUUUUGAAUCUUUAGUGUUUGUUUUAUUUGGAUAAACCCAGUAAUGCACGAACACAAAACGUAAGUGGAUUUAUUAAGGACGUCUGUAGUUCAAGCAUCAGCAUUCGGGCCGUUCGGUGUUUCUGGGUUCGUGCGUGUUCGUAUGCCAAUUCUGCAUGUGUCAGACUGAAGGAACGUGCCGUGGGGUUGACCUUUGACCCAGAGAAAGCCUGGACAGGUGCAAUGUCUGCCCUCUGGUUUAACCUUUGUGUAGCACGUAUCUCUAUAUGACUGUUAAUUUGAUAUUAUAAGUUAAUGUAGUGCGUUAACGAGUUUUAAUGAUAAACUAAAAGCUAAGGUGGUGAUGCAAUAAUCACAAUUUGCACAUUUAAACCACGUUUAGUUGGACACGUCGUACACAUAAUCCAAGUAAAGGAUUAAUUUAUGCAUAGAUUUUAGCUGUCGUGUAAAUAUUAAUUUCGCCCUAAGCUCAAAACGUCAAUCUUGCCAGUUUGAUUUCCACAGGUGGGACGAUAAAUAAUGCAGAUUUGUUCAGGCCGUCUCCUGCAGUAGGUGAGACAGCUCUUCAGUGUUUUUUUAGUGCACUGAAUGCAUUCAAAACCCCAACUCUGGGGAAGGGAAAUGCAAAACCAUUUAUAUGAACCAAUUUGAGGUUUUUGAGAAGCAUUUCCCCGCCUCUAGUUCCACCCAGCGAAUGUAGCACCAGAGACAGAAGAAGAUGGGCGGAACGGUAACGAUUAUGAUGAGGAGCUCAGAGAGUUACUAUAUUGCACAAAUCUCCAUGUAUGAGUGAACGUUUUAACAACUUAUUCUUUACCACAUCCUGCUUUCUUUCUGCAGAGAUGGAAGUAAUGCUCUGUUUGAUGGCGUUGAGCUCUGGGCUUGAUUUGUUGGGUCUCUUUUUCUCUAAUGGGUGGCAGGACUGAGGGAAUCGAUUCCUUGAUGCUCACUCAUCUACAGAUGCAGUCCGCAAUUCUUUCUGUUAUAGAGGCUGUAACCCGAAUCUGCAUUACACUAUUCUCCUGCAGUCGGAGGUGAUUCGGUUUACGUUUAACCACUUACUGUAAGACUCACGAAGGGAGGAAUCUUUGAGCGGAUCGUCUCAGUUGCUUUAUUUUCGGUGACCACACGAGCAGCUUCUAUAGUUUUGAUUGACGGUGCGGACGGGAAGUGUAGUCUUGAGGUCCUGAGCUGUUUGUUAGAUUAACGAGCUGAAUUAAAAUUAGAUGCGUGUCGUGCUUUUGGUAGAAUUCGAAGGCAUCAGUGCUGACCAUUCAGGUCUCUCACGAAACACCGUCAGAGGUCAUUCACAUUUUGGACUAUUUAAUGGAGUUUAGACCCCAGGUGUUAUUGAAAACUCUGUGAGACGUCUGCAUGGUCUGUCAUUCCCUCCUCUACUUUUGCUGAGACUCUUUUGUCAUCAUUUCAUCAUUCUUUCAUUUGGAUUUGAAAAAGAAUACGCUACGUAAAUCUGAAGAUUCAAUCACUUUUUCUAUUCCUAUUUU